AUGGACAGGGUGAAGGUUGAUAUAAAAGCCAGAGAGACCAUCAAACCAUCAUCACCAACACCCUACAACCUCAAAAUCUUCAAUCUCUCCCUCCUCGACCAGAUUGCCCCUCCAGUCUACGCCUUGACUCAAAUCUAUCCUCUUGCUGGAAGGGUCACAGAUAAUCUUUUCAUUGAGUGUAAUGAGGGGGCAGAGUUUUUAGAAGCCCAUGUGAAUUUCCCACUCCAUGAAAUUCUAAGGCAACCUGAAGUUUAUGUGCUUGAUCAACUCCUUCCUCAGGAGUAUCAUUCCAAUAACUUGGAAGCCCAGUUGGCUGUUCAGGUUAACUUCUUUAGCUGUGAAGGAAUGGCAAUUGGUACAUGCAUGUUUCACAAGAUUGUUGAUGGAGCCACAUUCUCAUCAUUUGUCAACAUGUGGGCUGCCAUUGCUAGGAAUUCUGGGGAUUCUGACAUUCUGUGUCUCCCAUCUUUCCAGGGCCACAGCUCUUCCCUCAAAGGGAUAUAUCAGCCUUGGUGCGAAGAUUUGAAGUCCCAAAAGCCAAGUGCAUUACAAAAAGAUUUGUCUUCCCGGGCUCAAUGA